AUGCGAUCUUUCAUCCCAUUUGUGCCUCUGCUGGCCACUUCCGCAGCGGCAGCUGCAAUCUCGAGUACAGCUAGCCCAACUGUGACCGCUGCAGCUGCUGGAAAUCCCUUCUCAGGAUACCAGCUCUACGUGAAUUCGUAUUAUGCAUCUGAAGUCUCAGCCUCGGCCUUGCCAUCCAUGACGGGGGCUGCUAAAGCCGCUGCCAGUGCAGCCGCUAAGGUUCCGUCCUUUUAUUGGCUGGAUACUGCAGCCAAGGUGCCAACGAUGGGCGAGUUCCUGGCCGAUAUCAGGGCUCAGAACAAGGCCGGUGCUAGCCCGCCGAUUGCUGGUCAAUUCGUUGUUUAUGACCUGCCUGAUCGUGACUGCGCCGCAUUGGCGAGUAAUGGAGAGUACUCCAUUGCCGAUGGUGGUGUUGCGAAGUACAAGGCGUACAUUGACGCCAUCCGCGAGAUUCUGGUCGAAUACUCUGAUAUUCAGACUAUCCUUGUCGUUGAACCCGAUAGUCUGGCUAACUUGGUUACCAACAUGGCUGUGUCCAAGUGCGCCAACGCACAUGACGCAUACUUGGAGUGCACUAAUUACGCUGUCACCCAGUUGAACUUGGACAAUGUUGCUAUGUACCUCGACGCCGGACAUGCUGGAUGGCUUGGCUGGCCUGCCAACCUAGGCCCAGCAGCUGAGCUCUACGCCAAUGUCUACAACACUGCCAACAAACCCGCCUCUAUGCGAGGACUCGCCACUAACGUUGCCAACUACAACGGCUGGUCUCUCUCUACCUGCCCAUCAUACACCUCCGGAGAUCCCAACUGCGAUGAGAAGAAAUAUAUCAACGCCCUUGCUCCCCUUCUCAAGACUGCUGGCUGGGACGCCCACUUCAUCACCGAUACCGGCCGCAAUGGAGUCCAGCCCACUUCGCAGAGCGCCUGGGGUGAUUGGUGCAAUGUCAAGGGAACUGGCUUCGGUGUACGACCCACUACCGAGACUGGUGACGCUUUGGCCGAUGCCUUUGUCUGGGUGAAGCCCGGUGGUGAGAGUGAUGGUACUUCGGAUUCCAGCGCGGCCCGCUAUGAUGCCCACUGUGGAUAUAGCGAUGCUCUUCAGCCUGCACCUGAAGCUGGCACUUGGUUCCAGGCGUACUUCGCCCAGCUUGUGGAGAAUGCGAAUCCCUCGCUUUGA